AUGAUUUAUAUUCAUUAGAUUGACAAGGUUUGUCUACUUUCUUAAAAUGUGGAAAUAUAUUUUAUUUUGGGCAAGCUGAAACCCAUUAAAUUAGCAGAGUAUUUUUGGAUCUAGAAUCUCAUUAAUAAUAUAGGAUUGAUGCAGAAAUUCUUAGGUAUAUUUAUCUUAUUAGAUAAGCAUUGACGGUUAUAUAGUUCCAAAAUUUUUUAUAGACAAUAAUCUUGAAAGCCAAGAUUCAAAGAGUCCACCACAAGUAAUCUAGGUUUUUGGUGGUUAGAAUAUGGAAUAUUUUAAAACAAUUACCAUAAUUCGUUAACAUAAUAGAAGAAAUUUUUGGAUGAGAUUUGACUUAGGUUAAGGAGGAUUAUUAGGAUUAAAAAUAAGUAUUAUCUCAUGCUAGUAUGGAUGUAUUGGGUGUAUAUAUAUUCAUCCAAUAAAUUGUUUAAAUUGGAAAUUGCAUGAGUAUUCAUUUCAUAAUAAAUUAAUAACAAUUUAAGAUGGGUGGAGCUUUACAUUAGAUGUUUAUCAGGAUUUCUAUUGUGGAUAUUGUUAAUAUUUAAAAUUUUCUAUAAUUAAUUAUUCUAUUCAACUACCUCCUCAUUAAGAUUAUUAAUAAGGUUUUAUAAACGAGAUAAUGGGAUUAUUAUCUUAGAUUAUAAAUAUGGGAUUUAGAAAACUACUAAUGAAUAUUACCAUUUAGUUGAAAUAUUAAUAACUAAUCACCAAGAUCCGA